AUGCAGAGAGCCGGAGGCGGCGGCGCCCCCGGGGGCAGCGGCGGGGGCGGCGGCGGGGGCCCGGGCGCUGCCUUCUCCAUCGACUCCCUGAUCGGGCCGCCGCCGCCGCGCUCCGGCCACUUGCUCUACACCGGCUACCCCAUGUUCAUGCCCUACCGGCCCCUCGUGCUGCCGCAGGCGCUGGCCCCCGCGCCGCUGCCCGCCGGCCUCCCGCCCCUCGGCCCGCUGGCCUCCUUCGCCGGCCGCCUGACCAACACCUUCUGCGCGGGGCUGGGCCAGGCCGUGCCCUCGAUGGUGGCGCUGACCACCGCGCUGCCCAGCUUCGCGGAGCCGCCCGACGCCUUCUACGGGACCCCGGAGCUCGCUGCCGCCGCCGCCGCCGCCACUGCCACCCGAAACAACCCCGAGCCGGGCGGCCGACGCCCGGAGGGCGGGCUGGAAGCCGAAGAGCUGCUGCCCGCCCGGGAGAAAGUGGCAGACCCCGCACCGCCCCCGCCUCUGCACUUCUCAGAGACUUUCCCAAGUCUGCCGGCAGAGGGGAAGGUGUACAGCUCAGAUGAGGAGAAGCUGGAGGCACCGGCGGGAGACCCCGCAGGCAGCGGGCAGGAGGAAGAGGGCUCGGGCGGUGACAGCGAGGACGACGGCUUCCCGGACGGUUCCGCAGGGGGCCCCGGGGCCCUGCUGGGACCCAAACCGAAGCUAACGGGGAGCCUGGGGACUGGAGCUGAGGAGGGGGCCCCGGCGGUGGCGGUCCCGGCCCCUGGGGGCAAGAGCCGGCGGCGCCGCACAGCCUUUACCAGCGAGCAGCUUUUGGAGCUGGAGAAGGAGUUUCAUUGCAAGAAAUACCUGAGCUUGACCGAGCGCUCCCAGAUCGCCCACGCCCUCAAGCUCAGUGAGGUGCAGGUCAAGAUCUGGUUUCAGAAUCGGCGGGCCAAGUGGAAGCGCAUCAAAGCUGGCAAUGGGAGCGGCCGCUCCGGGGAGCCUGUGAGAAACCCCAAGAUUGUCGUGCCUAUCCCCGUGCACGUCAACAGGUUCGCGGUGCGGAGCCAGCACCAGCAGAUGAGCGGGGCGCCCGGCCCCGAGGGGCUCCCGGGGACCUCCUGAGUCCGCUCGGAGGCUGGGCUAGGGUUCUGGG